AUGAACAGAGUAGAAAAGAAGGUUAUUACCAUCAAGAAAAAUAAAUACUUUAGGGAUAAACAGGAUUAUACGGAGAAUAGAGUGCACACUUUCCAUAGAGGUAGAUUUGAAAAUAGAAGAAGAGAGAGAGAACUUCGAAAUAACCCAUUUAGACCAGAGAACUUUAGGAGAGAGUACAAUGAACCUAGACGUCAAUAUAGACAACAAUACGCCCAACGCAAUAUAGGUUCAUAUCAACAUAAUAAGAGGAGGGAGUCAACAAAUGAUAGUAGGAAGUAUCAGAGGGGCUCUAACCCCUAUCAACAUCAGAGGAAUAAUACUCAGGCAAAUAAGACCUUGAUUAAGGUUAAUGGGGGACAAGUUCCAAAUCAACGAACGAGGAUCACCACUCAGGUAGAGAGGACACAAUUCAGGGAAAAUGGAGACCCCAAUCAUAGAUCAGACUCCAAUGUAUGGAAAACUAUACAGUAUCGAACGGAGAAAUCAGAUCCCCCCCCCAUACCGAUAACAACGAUUUAA